CAGACCGUUUAGUUGACACCCAGGGUAAAAAAUUUUCAUUGAUUUUGUCGUAGUUCAUCGAAGAGAGAGAUUUGCUGCAUUUUAUUUGAAGAUAAAUUUUAUGAAAAUUACAAUUUAUUUUUAAAUAAAUAUCAGUGCAAAUCUGAAAAAACCCAUAAAGAAUCUAUUGAAUUAGAAAAAUCAGAAAAAUGACAUCUGUACCAACACCUGAGGGACAACAACCACAGCAGCAGCAGCAAUCAACGGGAUUUGCACCCCGACGCGUAUAUGAAGGUCAGGCGGCAACAUCCAAUGGCCAAGGUGGUGGUGGAGCACCAACAGCUGCUGCCCCAACCAUGCCGGCCAAUCCUACCAUCUUACAGAGACCCAAGGUGAAGAAGGAAAAAAUUACCGAAUUAACAGCCGCAACUGGAAAAUUAGCCAUUGAGGAGUCACUAAAAUUGACUGAUGCCAAUGGCAUUGCAAUGAAAACUCCCGUUUCAUUGCUGCAAGAACUCCUCAGUCGUCGGGGAAUAACACCAAGUUAUGAAUUGGUACAAAUUGAGGGAGCCAUACAUGAACCAACAUUUCGUUAUCGCGUCUCCUUUAAUGACAAAGAUGUACCAUUUACAGCAAUGGGCGCUGGUCGCUCUAAAAAAGAGGCUAAGCACUCGGCUGCCAGAGCCUUGAUAGAUAAACUAACUGGUGUGCAAUUACCGGAAGCUCAGGCGACAACAACAAAUGCAACCACAAAUGCUACAGUUGGGGUAGAUGGCAAUGCCAAUGUUUCGGGGGGUGGAGAUGCUGCUGAUAAAAUUGUUGGCAAUCCCAUUGGAUGGCUUCAGGAAAUGUGCAUGUCUCGCCGUUGGCCACCACCAAACUAUGAAACCGAAACUGAAGUCGGUUUGCCACAUGAACGGCUCUUUACGAUUGCUUGCACAAUUUUGAAUUUCCGUGAGGUGGGCAAGGGCAAGAGCAAGAAAAUUGCCAAACGUAUGGCUGCCCAUAAAAUGUGGACACGUCUGCAGGAGACACCAAUUGAAAAUAAUCAAUUGGCUGAGUCGAUGGGCACGGAAUUGGGUGGCGAUAAGGCCAAUUAUUAUGGUGAUUUGAAAGAUAUAACUGUACCAACCAUCACCAGUCAGCAUAGCGCUAAAGUUUCCCAAUUUCAUAAGACCCUAAAAAAUUCAACGGGUAAAAAACUUCACAAGUUGCAGAAAACUUGCUUGAAGAGUCCCAAAAUUGAGUAUGUCAAACUUUUGGCUGAAAUUGCCCAUGAAAAUCAAUUCGAGGUCACCUAUGUGGACAUCGAAGAGAAAACAUUCAACGAUCAAUAUCAAUGUUUGGUUCAACUUUCGACAUUGCCCGUUGGCGUUUGCCAUGGCUCGGGCCCGACACAGGCUGAUGCCCAGAAAAUGGCAGCACAAAAUGCAUUGGAGUAUUUGAAGAUUAUGACCAAAAAAUGAAUGGCAUAAUAAGAAAUAAUGAUACCUAAAAAAAUUGGGGGCAAAAGCAAAUAUUAUCCCUAAGUAAGCGUACCCCCUUUCAAAAAACUACACAAUUUUAUAGCCUGUAAUGCAGCUGUCGCGUCUAUAAAGAAGAUGAACCUCCAUUGAUGAUAUACAAAAAAAAAGAAAAAUCAGAACAAAAAAAAUUGGAAAUAUGGUUUUGUUUUUUAUGUUUACAUUAUGUUUUUGUUAUAUUUUUUUACAACACACAUUUCUUUUUUGGUGCUUCUUUUUACUUUCUCUUACAUACCAUCCAAAAUUAUGUAUUAAAGCAAGUAGCUGGGUAACUUUUUUUGUAAGCAAUUUUUUAAAUGCCUCCACACAUAUAUUUUUGAAUUUAAUUUUUUUUUCAUUUAGUUUUGUACGACAUUGCUGACCAACAACAGCUACAGGCUUUCAAGUAAUAUUACAACAUGAAAAAAAAAAACAAAAA